AUGAGCUAUUACAUUAGAUUAAUAUAUAUUCUCUUUUAUUCUUUACCAGUCGAGAAAUCUAUCCUAUUAACCAUUAAAGAGCAGUUUACGCCUUCAGUACUGCGCAAUCCCCAAUUUUUUUCAUAUAAGAAUCGAUACAAUUCCCUAUUUCCUGUUUUUCCCCCUCUUCCUCCUGGUUUCCUUUCGGUGGUCCUUGGUUUCCGACACGUGUUUUCUUGUGCCUGUUUUUUUUCUGUCCUCUAUGCCCAGCGUCCAUUCCACUGUAGCCACGGAGAGGUCCUUCAUGUCAAGUUCAUGUACCAGGUAAUGUCCAGUGUCCAGUUCCGUUUUGCUUUUAAGCACAAGUACUUCUUAAACCCUACGCAGUUAUCUGCUAGUGUCCAGUGUCCCGUCCCGUCUUGCUUUUUAGCACAACUGUUAACCACCAUUCUUUUGAUGGUGUCUUCAUACCAUGUAUGGUCCACUGAGUGUGUUCAAAGUAUGCUUAUGGAGAGGUGUACCGAGAACCAGCUCAGUAUUUUACACCCUUCGCAGUUAACAGCUAGGACGUUGGAUAUUGGCUCUCCAGAUUUUGUCCUUUGGGGCAUGUCAAGAUUGUCACAGAAAGGUGCAAAACUGGACAUGAGGGACGAACCCGAAGCAAAGUUAAGGUGCCUAAGUAAAUGCUAUGCUGUUCACUUGGGUGUCUCAGACACCUGUCCCGAGCAGUUUGGCAUUAAAGCAUUUCACCGAUACUUUGCCGUCAUGACUCGUAGCAAUAAUGGCCAUCAUGUCGGUCUGCUUUCACCUAACAACCUUACACAGUCGGUUUUGGACAAGAUCGGUUUUCGGCUUCACUCGUUUGAUAUAUCUAUACCUGGUCACCGCAAGUAA